GAAAAAAAGGCUAAGGAUUGAUAUAUUCUCAAAAAACACAGCCUUAAAUGUUAAGAAGUAGGAAGUGUGUAGCUUAGAGGAACAUUAAUGAUAUUAAUGACUGAAGAAAUGAAGAAAAAAGCUGGGUUACUGGAUAAACAGUGCUGACACUGAUAUGUUUAAUGCCAUGAUAUCAUUAGUGUUUUUGUGAUUAUAAAACAAAGCAGCUUUUUCUAGUUGAGUGUAGUAUCACACUUGUUUUGGUUAAUAUAAUGUACUGGAAAUAAAUGUGCAGAGCAUCUGUCUGUGUCUUAUAGCAUUUGUGACCUCUAUACCAACAGAAGGUGAACUCAGGUGAACUAUUUAGGAGCCCUGUCUUAUUCAAGAAUUAUUCCAUUUCUCCAAGCUGUUGCUGUUACAUUUCAAUUUGCAUGUGGGAUGUGGUCCAUGGCAUGUAGCAGUUUGUGCGAAAAGUUCAUUCGAGAGCAAACCUUAGUGUUGCCACACCAGUGUUGUAAUGAUGAACUUUGUCCUUUCGCCCUCUCACACUGGCGAUGAGGAUGUAGGUUACAGACCCACUACUGCAAUGGGAAUUGGUUGGUUAAACCAUUGGGAACAAAAGCAAAAUAUGUGCCCUUGCUGUCCAAAGUGCGCUCAGGUCCCAUCCUUUACAAUUUUCAUGAUCCUCUGUAAUUAAUUCUCCUGCUCAUCUAUAAUUGCAUUAGCUCUAAACUUCUCUAGAUGGCACCAGUGGUUUAGGGUUUGUGUUUUAUAUGAGUGAGCAACCAUAUGAACGUAAACUGCUUUUAAGCAAAUGUUCACAUAUUAUCCCACUGUCCUUGAGGUGGAGUUUUAAUCUGGUCAACAGAUAUGGGUGAAAGGUAGACUGUUGACAGUGAAAUGCACCAUGCCAGCUUCUAACACCAUACUUUCAUCACUCUUCUGCUCCUGACUCAGCAUUGGUUUACAUAACACAUACUGUCAAUGUGUUGCAACAAGAUGCUCUCAUAAAAAGCACACCAUUGGAGUCAAAUCAACUAGUAUUGGAGUAAUAACAGAGAUACAAACCUGGAGGCUCACUGUUAUUAUUUAAGCUUGAUAACUUACAUGGUUAAAAUCUUGUACUUAUAGUUUGUACUAACUGCAUAUUGCAAAUAUUUUGUAAGCUGGAGGCUGGAUUUUUUGUAACUAAUAAAUGCAAUUUUUUUUUUCAUUUUUAAAGUGUUUUGUUGUUUUAAAGCCAUUCCAUAAUGUCAGUCAGUGGACCCAGCCUUUCAAACACCUUGGAAAAUAAUUCAGAGAGCACUAUAAAAGAUACUCAGCACCAUCUCAGAGAAAAGCAGCCACUCCAAGACUCUAGAACACAACUUAAUGGCAACUUUAUGACUGCUUUAAUUGGAAACAAUAUCAUGGGCUCGGUGGCCGACAAGGUGAAAGAAAUCAAUUUAUCCGAUGAUUCUGGGAUUGACAGUCCAACUGGUGAUAUGAAUGCAGGGAUUUCAAAGAAGGCGCAAACAGAUGUAAUCAGCAAAAAUGAGGAAGCAUCUGUCAGUGGUUUUGAGGACACUGCAGUUGAUGCUACUGUAGGAGGGGCCCGCAAGGCUGCAGGUGAAGUACGCUUGACUCCAGCCGAGCAGUACUGGAGUAUCACAAGGGACAAGGCAGUAAAGCUAAGGAUGAGUGAGUCGGGUCCAGGCUCUGAGACUCCUCUUACCAUCCAUCAGGUGUUCCAGUGGACGGUGGAUAAUUUCGGAGAUCACCCAGCUCUCUGCUCAAAGAAGGACGGAGUUUGGGUUAAACUGACCUAUAAGGAAUACCAACAGCAGUGCCGAGCUGCAGCCAAGAGCUUUCUCAAGUUGGGGCUGGAGCGCUUCCAUGGUGUUGGUAUUCUGGGAUUCAAUUCUCCUGAGUGGUUCAUCGCAGACGUUGGUUGCAUCAUGGCAGGAGGCCUUGCUGUUGGAAUCUACACCACCAACUCUCCAGAAGCCUGUCAUUAUGUGGCUUAUAACUGCGAAGCCAAUGUGUUAGUGGUUGAAAAUGACAAACAGCUAGCAAAGAUCCUCCAGGUUAAAGACCAACUACCACAUCUGAAGGCAAUCGUUCAAUACAAAGGAGAAGUGAAGACUAAGAUGUCAAACGUAUACACGUGGGCUGAGUUUAUGAAGGUUGGGAAGGACAUUUCAGAUGCUGAGCUGGAUGCGGUAAUUGACAGUCAGAGUGCUAAUGAAUGCUGCACCCUUAUCUAUACUUCAGGAACCACAGGAAACCCUAAAGGGGUUAUGCUCAGUCAUGACAAUGUCAUGUGGACUGCAAACGCAGCAGGAAAAGUGAUCGGUCUGAACAUGGGGGAGGAAUCUAUAGUGAGCUAUCUGCCCCUCAGUCAUGUGGCUGCCCAAGUGAAUGACAUUUGGAUCUGCAUUAAAUUUGCAGGCACCACGUAUUUUGCCCAACCAGAUGCACUGAAGGGUUCUUUGGCCACCACUUUGAGAGAAGUGCGUCCCACAAGUUUCUUGGGUGUUCCACGUGUAUGGGAGAAGAUGCAGGAAGCAAUGAAAGACAUCGGUGCAAAGUCUUCGCUCAUGAAGAAGAAAAUUGCCGAUUGGGCCAAGGGUGUAGGACUUCAGGCCAGCUACAACGCAAUGAACAAUAAUACCUCAGUGCCCUGGGGCUUCACACUGGCUAAUAGCAUAGUCUUUAAGAGGGUACGUGCUGCUCUUGGGAUGGAUCGCUGCAAGCACUGCUUUACAGGGGCAGCGCCAAUCACUAAGGACACACUGGAAUACUUCAUGAGUCUGAACAUCCCCAUCUAUGAGCUGUAUGGCAUGAGUGAGAGUACGGGCCCUCACACCAUGUCCUGGUCUGACAGCUUCUGCAUUAUGAGCUGUGGUAAGGUGAUACCAGGCUGCAAAACAAAGCUGGACAAGCCAGAUGCAGAUGGCAAUGGGGAGGUGUGUUUCUGGGGCCGUCAUGUCUUCAUGGGAUACCUGAAUAUGGCUGAUAAAACCAAAGAGGCACUGGACUCAGAAGGCUGGCUGCAUUCAGGAGACCUUGGAAAGCAUGACAUGAAUGACUUCCUUUACAUUACAGGAAGGAUAAAAGAGCUAAUCAUCACAGCCGGAGGAGAGAACAUCCCACCAGUUCCCAUUGAGGAUGCAGUCAAGGAGGAACUGCCCAUCAUUAGCAAUGCCAUGCUGGUGGGAGACAAAAAGAAAUUCCUCUCCAUGCUUCUCACUCUCAAAUGUAAGGCUGAUGACAAUGGAGACCCCACUGAUGAGCUGACCCCACUGGCUGUAGAGUUCUGCAGGCAACAUGGCGUCAUGGCAAGCAAGGUCUCGGAGAUCAUCAGCAACAAAGAACCAGCCAUUUACAAACUCAUCCAGGAGGGUGUGGACAGGGUCAAUGCCAAGGCCACGUCCAAUGCUCAGAAGGUCCAGAAGUGGACACUGUUAUCUCAGGACUUCUCAAUAAAUGGAGGGGAGCUUGGUCCUACUAUGAAGCUCAAAAGGCCAGUUGUCUCGAAAAUGUACAAAGAAGACAUUGACAAGUUUUAUGAAGUAUGACUUAUUCUAGUUAACUACUUUGACUUGAGGAUAUGAUAAGCUGAAGUUCCCUUUGCAUUGGUAAAUAAUGUAUUGGCUUUUCCUCACUCCACCACAUACACAACUAACAGGAGUGCCUCUCUCACUUCAAUGCAUCCAUAUGUGUGCAUAGCACUUUCUGCUGCUUCUUGCACUUUUUGUACAUACUAACCUUGAUCAUAGCUAAACCUAGUACCCAAAUGCACAUCUUUUAACUUGCUGUAUCUGUGGCAAUAUUUUUACUACUUAAAUACUACCUUAAGCUGCUUGAUUCUUUUCAGAUGGCAUCAAUUGCUGUUUGGUAAACCACUGAGGAGGUACAAGUUUAGAUUUGCUGCACCUGAAGGAAUAAAUUACAUUUAGGAACUAAAUCAUGAAGUCUGGUCCUAGUAAGCUUGUUAUCCAUUUUGAAUAAAUUAUUUAUACUUUUUUUGUCCAUAGAAUUUAUAGUAAAGAGCUUUGAGUACAAGUUAAAUGCCUCACAAUAAGAGCGUAAAAAAAUGAGCCCAAGAAUGACUGUUUUACUCUGGUCACAGUUCAAAUUUCAAAGUGAGGUUCAUUAUCUACAUCUUAUGUAAUGUGUGUAUUUCAUACUAUGUUAUGAUUCAGUUAACACUGACAGAUGUCACUGCAUUACACUGAAGUCGCCUGUUAACAUGUCUUUUUUAGUGUACUCAAAGAAAUGUAACUUCUAAAAGUAUAUAUUUAUGAACUUUCAAAUGAUUAUUUUAUAGAACUUCAAGAUCUUACACUUCAUAAAUAAAAACUAAUUGGGCAUGUA